AUGGGCCCCACUCAAGCUCCCCCGCUGAUCUUCCUUGAUUUUCCUCUCAACUUCUACUUCUUCCUCACACACAUCACGAUGAAGCCCAUCUAUGGUAUCCCGGCAGUCGCAGCCCUUGUUUACCGAGCUUGGGCUCGCAAAUCCUUGACACCGUUCGGGCUGGUUGUGGCGGCGCUGUCGGCCACCGUGCACGUUCUGCAUCCAUGGAACACCCCGUUUGUUUUAUUAGCCGUGUUCUACUUCGCUGGAACCAAGGUUACCAAGGUGAAGCAUGAUAUCAAAGCACGCUUGACGCUGUCCGCGACUGGAGCGGAAGGGGGAGAGGGUGCCCGAAACCAUAUCCAGGUCCUCGCCAACUCGCUCGUAGCCACCCUUUUGAUCAUCGCGCAUGCAGUGGUACUGUAUAGAUCACCUGGGGAUCGGUGUUUCUCGCUUGGGGAUAAUGCGGCGGACGUUUUGAUGGUCGGCAUAGUUGGAAACUAUGUUGCUGUUGCCGCCGAUACCUUCUCUUCCGAACUGGGCAUCCUAUCCAAAUCGCAGCCCCGCCUGAUCACAUCACUUAGUCUUCGUAAAGUGCCGCCAGGUACUAAUGGUGGUGUGACGGCGACCGGUCUUGGUGCAGGUCUGCUUGGGGCAUUCUGCGUCGCUCUAUCGUCUGCUAUAUUCCUGCCUUUCUGUGCAGACAUAGGAAUCAAGGAACGCGCACUGUGGACUGUGGGCAUGUCUUUCUGGGGACUUCUGGGAAGUGUCCUGGACAGUGUUCUGGGUGGAUUGCUCCAAGCUAGUGUGGUGGAUAAGCGUAGCGGCAAAGUUGUUGAAGGCAGUGGUGGCCGAAAGGUUCUGGUCCAUCCAGGCUCCACCGAUUCGGGAGUUACUUGGGAUCACAAGAACGUUGGGGAGAGCACUAGUCUCCAGGCUAAGGCUGUGGCGAACACGGCCACUCCGCGCACUAGUACGGCUCAAGCAAUCUCUAAAGAGAGCCUGGCCGGGACUGCCGAAGGGCAUGAGAGCCGAAAGAUCGAAACAGGGAAUGACUGGCUAGACAAUAACGGAGUGAACUUUUUGAUGGCGUUCCUCAUGAGUGCAGGGGCUAUGAUUGUUGCACAGCAAGCGUGGGGGACCGAUGCACACGACUUGUGGACGCAGAUUGUAUAA